CCCAUCGCAGUUGGAAGACAACUAGAAGGAUGGAGACAUGAUGAUUCUUCUUGUUAAAUAUUUAAUAAGCCUGCCAUAAUCUGUAAGCUACAGUAUAGUAUAGGGAAAUACAAACAGUGCACAGUUCUUGUUGAUACUACUAGUUGCCAGGUUAGCAUAUACAGCGAGUAAAUAGGUGGAAGGAGAGUUGAGGGAUGCUGAGGGAGCCGGCUGACGCUCAGAUAAAGGACAACAAAUAGCAGCCAGCGUGUCUGCAAACAAACCUUUGACAGCUUCCUCCUGAAACAGACGACAUCAUCAUACGACACAAAAUACCCAGGGUGUAAAACGAAGACUCAGCCACAUGUGCACCAUCGAGAAGAGAAGAUGGCAGUGCUUGUGGUUUGUGCACUCCUGUGCCUGUCCGGCUGGGUCUCUCUCUACUUCAUCCUGUGUAACAUUAAUGGGUCCCGGAGUUAUGAGUGGAACUGUCGUCUUGUCACCCUAUUUCACGGCAUCCUGGCAGUCUGCAUCACAGCAUACAUAGGCUAUGUGGAUGGACCCUGGCCUUUCACUUAUCCAGGUACUAAGAACACCCCUCUGCAGAUAAGUGCCAUGGUGGUGAGUCUGGGCUACUUCAUUUUUGAUAUGGGCUGGUGUGUGUACUUCCGCACAGAAGGACCCGUUAUGUUGGCCCACCACACGAUGAGCAUCCUGGGAAUCCUGCUGACCCUGUGGUUGGGGGAGUCUGGCAUUGAGUCCUGUGCGGUACUCUUUGGCAGCGAAAUCACCAACCCCCUCCUGCAGGCACGCUGGUUCCUCAAACAGACGGGACAUUACGGGACACUUCUGGGGGACGUUGUGGACGUCCUGUUUGUGCUGCUGUUUGUGGUGAUGCGAAUCUUCGUGGGAGGCACAAUGCUGUACUGUGAGCUGAUCUCCCCAAGACCCAGAUUCUUUAUCAAGUGUGGGGGAGUGGCUAUGUACGCUCUAUCCUGGGUGUUCAUGGUGGACAUUGUUCGAUUUGCCAUUAGGAAGAGCAAGAGUUGGCACAAACAGCAGAGAGACCAGCAAGGGGCAGUAGCAGCUAAUGGUCAUGAAGGGAAGAAGGACUGAUCGGCUUCUGUUUUUCUAAAGGAAAUCAAUUUACAUUAAGUCUGUGUUUUUCACUUUGGAGAAAGUACAUAGAAACUCAAGUUUUUGUAUAUUAAACUGAGAUUUAAAAAGGGAUAUUAUCGAGGAGUAUCCUGUGAUAUGUGUCUAGAGGGUCCAACACCUGUGCAUUUUGAAAAAAAUUCAUUUUUAUGCAGAUAUUGCAGCUGAAGACAUGUUAGAUUGUUGUGUAAAAGGUGCGGAACAAACAACACAGACUAAGUUUAUAUCACUGAAAACCAAAGCACUUUCUAUAAACACAUGAACAGAUGUUGAUUUCAGCUGCAGUGAACUGUGGCCUAGUGAUAUGUGGCGGUGCUUAUCCAAAAGGAGGCUCACUAUUAGGAAAUAGACAGUUUACAUGUACUGCCCAUGGUACUUGUGAGUCAUAUCAAAAAGCUACUUUUGGUUUCUCAUCUAUCCUAGGGGUUUUUUGUUUUUUUUUAUUUUUGCGUAUGUGAACCUUUGAGCAGAUGUGAAAGGUAUACUCAGGUAGAUGAAAUCAUACCAGAAACUUGGGAUGAAUUCCAGAGAAAUGUGCAUUUUUGAUUACUUUGUUGAAUACACUUUACCAGGUUUACCUGCUGUUUCAAAUCCUAUUCCAGAGCCUGCACAAAAGAGCACUUCUCUGACUCUGCAUUUCUUUUAAUUCCCUCAUGUGAAGGGAUACAUGAGAAGGUCCUCUCUAUUACAUAGUCUUACUUUGGUCAUAAUAAUAUUUAGAUAUUUACAUUAAGCUAUAAAUUGUUUUCAAUGAUGAUGGUGAAAUGGUGUCAGAAUUAGAAAUAUAGAUGGUAUUUGAAGUUAUUUAAAGUGUCACUGUAUCUGUACUGUAUUGUAAAAAUUGACCUUCUUGGCUUAAUCUUUGAGACAGAAGUCAGACAAAAGAUCCACACUCUUUACAAAUAGCUCCCUAUUAAUUUAAUUUAAUAGUGCAAUGUUCCAGUCUCACAAAGAUUGACUUGACAAAUUAAAUAUAUUUAAUAUUUUUAUGCAGAUCUUUUGUCCGACUUCUGCUUUAGCUUGAUUUUUUGAUCCAUCACCUGUAAACGUUUCUUUGGAUGCACAUGUUCUACACUCUGUCUUGAUCUUUGACAAACAUAUCCUACUGUCAGCAUUGAGCAGGUAGCCUUCUGACAGAUGAUGAGGUGAAAACCUGUGCUGCUGCGCACUUGAGUGCAUUCACUUUUGUUUCUAGCUCUUAAAAUGUUAUGUUUCAAUAUUAAGUAAGUCUUAACCCAAGUCAGUGACACACACAUACAACUAGGGCUGAGCAAUGAUUAUCAUUUAGCGACUUUGAGUAAAAUCAUAUCGAUAUGAUAAAAUUAUAUUAAGUUACCAUUUUACAAAAUUCUGUUAUCCAAUUAAAUUAUUCCAGAUUGUGAUUAAGAACUAACAAAAAAUGUUAUUUAAUAUUUGGAUUUAUAUGUGUGAAGAGUUUUAUCUAAGUGAACAUCAAUUGUAGUAUUUUGUGUGUGAUUUUGUAUACAUUUGCCAUAUUAAUUAUGAGAAAAAUAUUCCUUUUAAUAUUAUGAUUUUUAUGUCAACCAUAUCAUCCAGACACAACACACAAGUGCAACAUGGGAUGAAGACAAGUGAAUUGUUAAAUGUAGAGAAUGAUAAUGCUCAGCCCACACCAUGACUGGAUUGCUGACCAGCUUUCACCGUUGUGCUCAGACUUUAUAUCUGUGUUGUUGUUAUUGUCUUGUAUUUUAUUUUUUAGUGCACACAAAUUUACGCAGUAAUGUGCUAAAACACUUGUCCUUCAAUCGUUUGUGCAUUUAUGUUGUAAAUGUUAUGUGUUGCUCUCAUCUACCUGUUUACCAAGCUGCUACUGUUAAGAGUCAUGAUAGCAUCACCUAUAUAUCUACAUACAGUAUAUCAACAAAGCAAAAAUCAAACUGGCGUGUGCCUUAGUUAUCUGAAUGUACUGCCAUUUUUGUUUGUAUUUUUUCUUUUUUGUUUGUCUUUUGUCUUCUUCUGUACUGUAAAUCCUAUAGCUUAGAUAUAGGAGUAAAGAAGAACCAUAUUUACUUUUUGGUUUCAUGAUUUUAAUACAGUCUUUAGCCUUUGUAAUCCCUGUGUGAAAUGAAAUAAAAAUGUGGUGGAUUGUU